AUGCCCAAUCGAAGCAUCGAUAUCGCCUCAUCAGAGGAGUUUAGCUACAAUGUUGAGGCCUAUCGUGCCGAGAUCUUGUCGGAAGGAUACGUUGACGAGCGCUCAACAGGUUUCGACCUAGGAAACCGAGGAGGAGGACGAUAUGAGGGUCCCACCGCUGCUGGUAGAGAAGGAGCCCCCAAGUCGGCUCGUCAACCUCAAGCGUCUCCCGGCCCCAAUGCAGUUAACGUUUUUCGUAGAUUCUUGGGCGGUGCCCCAGGGGCUACUGUGCCAACUACUUCCCAGAAGCGAGUAGCCAUUGCUACUUCCAAACAAUCCUCUUUGUUCGAUGACAGUACUGCUACUGAUGCAUUUUCCGAAGCCAGUGCCGAAACCGAGGUAAUGGGUUCCACCGGACGCAGCACAGCUUCUUCUGGUAGUGGCAUGGAAUCUACUUUUGACUAUUCUACUGUGGGGGGAUCCACAGCUGGCACCAGUCGGUAUGAUACCAGUCGCUACUCCAGUCAGUAUGAGACCAAUCAAACACCACCCAUUCCUGAGGGAUCGAUUGCCCGUCAUAACAUUCCCACAUCCAACCUCAAGAACACGGUCAAAAUGGCCACCAUGUCUCUAACAGAAGCUGCCCUCGAAGAGAACCGAAAGAAUUAUGGAUGGCGCAUUGACCCCGCACAAAGCUUCAGUGAUUGGGAAAUCAAGAUUGUUGCCGAAUCUGGUCAAGUCAAACAAUACAAUGUGCACCGCAUGGCCUUGGCCGCCGGGCCUCGCAAGAGUGAAUACUUCGCUGACUUGUUUGGAAAGCAAGUGAAUAACUUCAAGAACCAACGUCUCCGCCUCGAGAUGCCAGACGAAAGUGCCAAGGUAUUCCCCGUCUUUUUGGAUUUUGUCUACGGUGAAAACGACCUCGAGUCUGUACAGGAGAAGGAAGAAGCCUACGCAGUCUACGAGCAGGCUGAAUUCUUUGACACUCCACUUUUGAAGCAAUCCGUGGCAAAUUGGUGCAAGAAACGCUUGCAAUGGUACAAUAUUCCUGACUUUUUGCCAGAGUUGGAACGCUUCGAAGACGCCGGUCCACUCGUGCGGAUGGCAGUCGAUUUGUGCGCAGCUGAAUUUGAAGAGCUGGGCACUGACUUUGGCUCCAAGAUUGAGCCCAAGUACUUGCAAAUGAUUUUUGAGAACCUCAUCGAGCGUGAAUUCAAGUUUGAUCGUGGUGCAGAUUACAUUUCGGAGAUGAUUUUGGAAUGUUGCACUGCCCACCCCGACAUGGCCGAAGCUAAUUUCUUGGGCUUGACAGAUAUGCGAUUCCUUCCUCUGGCCCCUGUCGAAGCCGUUUUACGACUACUGGCUGAGGAAGGCAAAUUCUGUGAUCCCAACUUGGAGGCCUCGACCCUUCAAUCCAGAUGCAUCAAGAGUUUGUCUGAGAAUUGGGAGUACUUCUCCUUCCAAUUUCCAUCGAAGGAUGACAUGGCCGCAGCAAUGAUGGCUCUACCCAAGAGCAUCAUGGCUCAACUAUUAGUAUUGACCACCGAACUUCCCUAA